AUGCUUUGCACAAGCAUAUUUCAAGAUAACGACAAUGGGAUACCAUUAACAGAUUUGGGCUCAUGCGAUGGUGAGAUGUGCUAUUCUGCUUUUUCCUUCGACGGACGAAAACGAUAUCAAUUUUGUGUAAAUGGAAUGAAAUAUUUACAACCUGGUUGCUAUUUUGAUUUUGGAAAUGAUCUAUCGAAGCGCAAAGAUCAAACGUUCUUUUGCGCUUGCAAUCUUUGCAAUGAACCAAUCCCUCCAGCUGAUUCCUUCACACUGCCUCGAUCGAUCUCUUCUCUCAAAAAAUUAAAUACAACCUUUGACGAUGAGAUCAUUUCUUUUGCCGGUCAAAUCGUUCCUUUGAAGAUCCGAUUCAAUUCAACAAGAUGUUUCAAGUACCAGUAUCAACAAAAGCACAAUGCUACUCAACACAUCAACUCAGAAACACCAAACACCAAAGGGACAUUUUGCGGGAUUUGGGGUAAAGCUCAGAUCAACAAAUCCGAUAACACUUUGGAUUCAGUUGAAUGGAAUGGAGAUGCCGGCGGGGGCAAACAACAUUUUUUUUGGAAUCAA